CGCAGGCGGCACAAGAUGGCGGCGGGGCCGGGGAACGGGGCGAUGCCGCGGGUGCAGCUGGUGCUGGGGCACCUCGCCGGCUCCCCCCCGGCCGCCGGCACCGGGAUUCGGGCCGCGCCCUGCGGGAGCCGCGCCGGGGCAUCUCCGCGGGCCGCCAGCCCCGACGAUGUGGUGGUGGUGCACGGGCGGAGGACGGCUAUCGGCCGCGCCAAGCGCGGCGGCUUCAAGGAUACUACACCCGACGAGCUGCUGUCUGCCGUGAUGACGGCUGUCCUUCAAGAUGUCAACCUCCGUCCUGAGGUCCUGGGAGACAUCUGUGUGGGGAAUGUGCUGCAGCCCGGAGCUGGUGCUUUGAUUGCAAGAGUGGCACAGUUUCUAAGUGGUAUUCCGGAGACGGUGCCGUGCUGCAGCGUGAACCGGCAGUGCUCCUCCGGGCUGCAGGCCAUUAUCAAUAUAGCUGGUGGCAUCCGAAAUGGAUCCUAUGACAUUGGCAUGGCCUGUGGUGUGGAAACAAUGUCCCUCAGAAGUGCAAACAACCCUGGUGAUAUCAGUUCCAGUAUGAUGGACAACAGCAAAGCUCGAGACUGCCUUAUUCCGAUGGGAAUAACCUCAGAAAACGUGGCAGAGAAGUUUGGAGUUUCCCGAAAGAAGCAAGAUGCCUUUGCCUUGGCUUCUCAACAAAAAGCAGCAAAAGCUCAGCAGAUGGGACUGUUUAAAGCAGAGAUCGUCCCAGUGAAGACCACUGUUGUAGAUAACCAGGGCAACCGAAAGACAGUCACCGUGCACCAAGACGAAGGGAUUAGGCCCUCCACCACCCUGGAGGGCUUGGCAAAGCUGAAGCCCGCCUUCAAAGAGGAUGGUAGCACCACAGCAGGUAAUGCCAGCCAGGUGAGUGACGGAGCGGCUGCUGUUCUUCUGGCCAAACGCUCGAAAGCAGCACAACUGGGGCUCCCAGUCCUGGGGGUGCUCAGGUCCUUCGCUGUGGUUGGGGUCCCACCUGAUGUUAUGGGCAUAGGACCAGCCUACGCCAUCCCUGUCGCUGUGGAGAAGGCAGGUCUGACUCUGAAUGACAUCGAUAUAUAUGAAAUUAACGAAGCCUUUGCAAGCCAGGCUGUCUACUGUGUUGAAAAGCUGGGCAUUCCCAUGGAGAAGGUCAACCCCUUGGGAGGAGCAAUAGCACUGGGGCACCCACUGGGCUGUACUGGUGCUCGUCAAGUUGUCACUUUGCUCAACGAACUGAAGCGCAGAGGGAGAAGGGCGUACGGGGUCGUAUCCAUGUGCAUCGGGACGGGCAUGGGCGCCGCCGCCGUGUUCGAGUACCCGGGGAACUAAACCCCAGCAGCCUUCAUGAAGCCAUAGCAAAUGAUUUGCACUGUGGAAUCAACCCCAGUCAGGGAGUCGGUACUAGAUCUACAAAUUGUAGGCACAAAUUGGGAAGCAGAAUAAAUCGUACAGAUCGAGAAAGCAGGUAGGAAAAUGCAAAACAGGCAUUUGCUUCAGGGUUAAAAAAGCAUCCCCAUAGGAAAGAGAAAGGAGCUCAGCUGAAGUUCAACCACAGGCCCUCGUGUGGCGAUGACAAAGGAGUAUUUCUAAUCUAAUUGAGCCCUUUGUUCUGUGACUAUUCUCAGCGAGAAGUAGUUCAUGGUACAGGAUUUUUGUAUGACAAAUCGUCUAAAGCGGUUGCUCAAAAUGAAACCAACAGUGCACGUGAAAAAGCUUUUCCAGAAUUUCCUUAAAUGAUUUCACCAUCUUGUAGGAGAUCUGGAAGAGCUUGUUCUGAAAGGCGUGCAAAGACUAAACACCCUCACAACUCUCUCUGUCCCAUCCGAGCCGUAGAUCGGCUGUGUCUUAACUUGUCCCUGUGCUGGGGGAUGUGCUGGAACUUUCUACUUCUACCCAAGCUGCUCAGAAGCCUCCAGUGGGGGAGUGUGGAAGGACUAGAAAGUAAUUUACUCAGGAGCAAACAAACCAUUGAGGUGCCUGAAGAGAAAGGUUUUGAUGAUUUAUAGAAGCCAGGAAUGUAACCGUGGCCAUUCCACCUUUUCUAACGCAUUUCUAAUUAUCAGCUUGUGUGACUCUAACUUAAAAGAACAAGCUUAUGCUUAAUAAUCUUUACUUACCUGACAGAAAUCAGAUUUCAGCAUUACUCUUACUGCCAGCACUACAUGAACAGCAGCAAAAUAUGUGUUUCAUCCUGUAAAGUUCUCCUUUAUCUGUUCUUCCUCUUGUGAGGAAUCAUCAGAUCACUGAAGCUCAGAGCUAACGGCUUGAAAAAGAAAUGUGCUCAUCAUCAUCAUCGUUACCAUCAAAUGGACUCAGCAUCCUUGACAUGUUAGAGGAGUUUAAAUGCGUAACACGGACUGAAGUGCUUUGUGCUGGCUCUUGGUUUUGCACUUAAUAAUACAAAUUGGGUUCUUGCAAUAUA